AUGUCUGGACCCGGGAUGGCCAAACUUCCCAAUGGUCAGACGACAAUCAAGAGCUUUGGGGCGCUUCUAGCGAAGGCCAAGGACAUCAACGAUGCUGACGUGGCUGCGGAGGCCAAAGAGUCUGUCAAGAUAAAGAAGGACAAGGCGGAAGCCAAGCCAAAGAAAAAGGACGACAAAUCAACCAAAGCAGCCAAGCCAACUAAGGUGUUCAAAGUUAAGAAAGAGGCCAAGGCAAAAGUGAAAGCGAAAGCCUCCAAGACUGCAGCCAAGGCCAAAGCCAAGAGCGCAGCAAAGGUGAAGAAAGAGAAGGGAAUAAAGGUCAAGAGUGCGGCAACCGCCAAGGCCAAAGCAAAGGCCAAAGCAAAGGCUAAGGCCAAGGCCGAGCCCCAGGCGAAAGCCAAGAGCAAACAGCCAAAGUCCAACUGGAUCAAACGGAGGAGGGAGAAGGUGGCUGAAAAGUCGGAAAAACAAAAGAAAGAAAAGAAAGAGAGCAAAUCUGAAAAAGCUGGGUCUGAAAAACCUUGUAAACUCGAGGGUGAAAGUGGCCUUGACUGGGGCAAGAAGUUCUACAAAAACCAAGUGGGCUUCAUCAACCAGGUCGUUGAUGGUGAGUGGACCAUAUCUUUUGGAGCACUGGGCACUGGUCUCGUGGGCGUUCGAAUGCGAUCGAAGGCGCCAGUUGCACCUGCCAUGGCACCCCCGGUGGUACCCCCAGCGGCGGAUGCUGAAGCGCCGGUGGCUGAAGCACCAGCUGCUGAAGCCCCGGUUGAAGGCGAUGCUGGAGCUCCUGCCGCAGGCGUUGCAGGCGCCGAAGGUGCUGUCGAGGUGCCUGUCGAGGCGCCAGUCGAAGCCAAGGCUCGCAGAGUCAAACUCCAAAAGGAAGACCUGCUAGUGCUGUUUCGCAACGCCCCAGCUUGUGGGGCACAGACGCGAGGCAGCAAGACUUUGGCCGGCUAUAGUGGCGGAGCACUGGAUGUUGAUGAAUUCACCCUUGAAUGGAGUUCACAGCGCAGUGACAUGGAGAACAAGGUGAUUGAUCAGGUCGUGGACCACAUUGGCAGUGGUGGUGUCACCAUGGUAGCUGUGAAGCCUCCUUCUAGUGCUGAAAACAUCGCCUAUCGCCUGCUGGGACAAGUCUCAAAAGUAGACAACAUCAAGCUGGCACAACGGCUCUGUGAACCCGGCGAGCGGGUGAUUUGCGAGGAGGGGAGUGGAAAGGUUCACCUUGCCAUGACACCAAACUGCUUUGGGGACAACAAAGCGCUGCUGGAUUCCAAAGCAUGGGGAUCAGGCCCCCUGUUGAGUGUGAAGCGCUACUCUGAAGACGACGGUCGGCUCUGCAAGCAUUGCUGUUUCAGGACACCAUCGGCCACUCUGCAUUUUGAGCAUCUGGAGCCUGCUGGGGUGGAAGCCUACACCCGAGCCAGAGGGCAACGGAAGGUCAAGGAGGAGAAGGAAGAAAAGGAGGAGGGAGAUCCGGAAGAGCAAGAGGAGCAAGCUGCACCCCCAAGGCCGAAGAGGCGCAUGCGUUGCAAGAAACCUCUGGAGGCCGAGGAGGCUCCUGUCGAAGCUGAUGUGGAUGUGGACGCGACACCGGAGGGGCCAGCCCCAGACCCUCGGGAGGAGCUCAAGGAGUGGCCGGAAUUUGUGAGCAUUAAAUUGGAGCCAACUGAUCGAUGA